CCUAUCUUCCUUUCCUUCCUUUUUUAGUUUAUUUAUUUGUAUUAGUAUGAGUCCUAUCAUCACCAGUAAAGAAGAAAAUAAUAUCGCCUGUGUCAUCUAUGGUGCAAAUAAUAUGCAUAUGGAAUCAAGACCUAUCCUUCAACCUCAAACUGAUGAAUUACAAAUAAACAUUCGAGCAACUGGUAUUUGUGGAAGUGAUCUUCAUUAUCAUUACGAUGGACGAUUAGGUGCUCGUGUAUUAGACCCUUCUCUUCCAAUGGUGCUUGGACACGAGUCGGCAGGUAUUGUUACUCAAGUUGGUCCUACUAGUGGUGAACAAAGUAUGUUUCAAGUGGGUGAUAGAGUAGUAUUGGAACCAUCAAAGUCAUGUGGACAAUGUCAUUGCUGUCAAUCCCAAAGAUACAACAUUUGUCCUCGUAUGAAGUAUUCCUCUACUGUGCAACAAGGUCCUAAUGAUGGUACUUUACGACGAUCCAUUUGUUAUCCAUCUCAUUUAUUACACAAGAUGCCAGAUACUAUGACUUUUGAAGAAGGAGCGUUGAUUGAACCAUUGGCAGUGGCUAUGCAUGCAACAGCACGAUCUCCUGUAACACAAGGCAGUUCAGUAUUGAUCUAUGGUGCAGGCACCAUCGGCUUAUUGGUGGCGGCCAGUUGCUAUGCUCAAGGUGCAACCCAAGUAGCAAUUGCGGAUAUCAAUACCUCCAGAUUACAAUUUGCUACGACCUAUUUACCUGGCAUCUCUACGAUCACUUUGGAAAAGAGUAGAAGCGAUGAUGAUCUCUUUGUGUGGGCGCAAUCUCAAGCAGCAGGAAAGGAUGGUGAUUAUGAUGUAGUAUUUGAGUGUACGGGUGUGGAAUCUUGUGUUGUGCUCUCGUUCUUUAUGGUCAACUCUGGUGGUUCGGUUGUCUUGGUAGGUCUUGGCCAAACAAAGAUCGCUCUGCCUGUCGAUGUCAUUGCAACUAAGGAAGUCAACGUUAUUGGUAGUUAUCGGUAUGCAAACAUUCAUCGAAAGGCAAUCGAUGCCGUUGCCAAUGGUAAAAUCCGUCUUCUCCCCCUCGUCUCUCACCGAUUCAAGUUGGAAGAUACUCCUUUGGCUUUUGAAACUCUACGUAAAGGUGGCGAUGGUGUGCUCAAGGUCCAAAUUGGUGAUUUUUAGUCUAGAUUAGCCUUUUUCCUUUUAAUGUUAGUAAUCAAUUUGUUGAUAAAUAAACUCUAUACUAUUAUAUUAUAUAUAUAUUUUUGAAAUCAAA